UUCAGUUUGUCAAUAAAAUCUCUGCAAAAUUUAUAUAUUACAAAAAAAAAAAAAAUUGUUAUUUACUAAAUACUAUGUGUCAAAAAAGGGGUAAGUGACUAAAAUUUCUGAAAAAUAGAGAUGCAAAAAUCUCAAGCAGCCAUUGCAAAUAAGCACCCGGAAACGUGGCCAUCAGAUUCUGUUUCUAUUCGGCAAGAGGUGCCAUUAAGUGUUGGAACACACCUAAUUCCACAUCCUAACAAGGUUGAGAAAGGUGGGGAAGAUGCAUUCUUUGUGAGCAGCAAUCAUGGGGAAGUGAUAGGUGUAGCUGAUGGAGUUUCCGGUUGGGCUGAAAAGAAUGUGGAUCCUGCAUUUUUCUCCAGGGAAUUGGUGUCUAAUGUUUCUUCUUUGCUAGGGAAUGAGGAGGUCAAUUGUGAUCCUCGAAUUCUCAUAAAGGGGGCCCAUGCUGCUACAUCAUCUAUCGGUUCAGCUACGGUAAUUGUUUCUAUAUCGGAGAAUGGGAUUUUGAGGAUAGCCAGUGUUGGGGAUUGUGGACUACGGGUCAUUCGUAAAGGUCAGAUGAUUUUCUCCACAUUUCCACUGGAACACUAUUUCAUCAGAUUCACUAUAUAUAGAUUUUCCUUCAAAGCAUUGUCUGUCCCUGUAUAA